AUGGCUUUCACCAAUAGACUAGCAAUACUUCCCGGAGGUCUAGGCGGCUUAGGCACCAGCAUCGGCCAAAAGCUCCGCCAGCAAGGCGCCCGCCUAGCCAUCCUCUACGCCCCCUUCGAGGCCGCCCGGCGCGACCAGCUCCUCGAGGCUGGGUACGGGCACCGGGACGGGGACGCCAACACCCACCCGGACAUCCACACCUACGAAUGCGACAUUACCUCGCCUGACUCGGUGCAGGCGGCGUUUACGAAGCUGGAGGCAGAGUUGGUGACGAGGGUAUCCUCUCCCAGCAGUACGAGUACGACACAAAGACCACCACCCACCUUUCCAAGUAUCCUGAUCAAUACGGCCGGGUAUGUCUCCCUGAGUGACAUGGAGGCUACGCCGCCGGAGGAGACGGUGAAACAUCUUACGACCAAUGUGUUGGGGCCGAUGCUGUGCGCGCAGGCGUUUGCGCGGCUGUAUUUCAAACGAGCGGCGGCGACGGCGGGGGGUGCUGGAGGGUUAGACGUCUCGUCGUCACCACCGCCAGGGAGGAUUGUGAAUCUCGCGUCCCAGGCGGCUCAUGUGGCUUUACCGCGCCACGGGGCAUAUUGUGCCUCCAAAGCGGCACUGUUGGGGCUGACGCGGAGCAUGGCGUCUGAGUGGGCAGGGCGGGGCAUCACAGCCAAUUCGGUGUCCCCCACCGUGGCGUGGACGGAGCUGGGCAAAAAGGCCUGGGGGGAGACAUCCGUCAAGGAGGCCUUCCUGAAAUCUAUCCCAACGGGCAAGUUUGCUCUGCCGGAGGAGGUGGCGGACGCGGUGCUGUUUCUGUGCCAGGACUCGAGCGGGAUGAUAAAUGGCGCCGAUGUCAGGGUCGAUGGGGGGUUCACUAUCCGGUGAUGGUUUCCGUAUCAAUUGCUGGCUGAGGGGGGUUUCUACAGGUGCUGGGGUGGUCGCAAAAGGGCAGGCUCAUCGGAUCCAGAACGGUUUAUCGCUAAUUCGUGCCAGCUGGACCGCG